AUGAUUGUCGUUCGUUUUCAUCAUCCGCAGCGCUUGAUUUUGUCCGUUUUGGUGCUUGCCGGUCUCUGCUCCAAGUUGCUUCACAUAUACCAGCACCGAUCUCUUCCCCUAUACCUUUUGGCCCUCUAUUUCCCGACAUUCUUUAUUCAGGAGAUCCUGCUAUGUGUCGCCGUAUGGAUUCUCUUAUAUACAACCUCCGGCCGGUGGUCUGUGGCCGCCGUGGUCCUCUCAUCGAUUGUCGCAUGCACUGUCUUAAUAGCAACCGCAUCGCAAUUUAGUUUCUAUUCACAAACCGGCAGCGAAAUUCGAUGGGAUGCCGCCAGAUCCGUGGGCGCCAGUCGCCAGGGAAUGAAAUUGAUCUUGAGCGGACUGGUGCCCAUGGCGAUCACGACGACGGUGAUCUCGGUGGCGUCCUGGCUAAUGGCUCCGUGGAUCUGGAAUUUCAUGAGCCGCUGGCUAUGCACGCUGUCGAAUAUCGGAGACGUAAAGUCAUACCGUUUGUUGCCAGGCGCUCCGAAUCUGAGAAAUAUAACGUCCAACAAACCGCGCUUUUGGACUAUUGUCGGCUGCGGAGUAACGAUCGUACUCUGGUUGGUCCGGCCAGAAAUCCCGUAUAAUCAUAUGACCGGGGCUCUGCCCUUCACCAUGCUCGGCGAACACUCCAAGGCCCGCCGAAUGACCAUCGAAACUUUCCCGCUGCCGGAAUUGCUCGCGGAGGAAUAUCGGGAGCCCGCCAAGGGUCACUAUAAGGGAUGGGCACCGACGUUGGACGACUCGGGUAAUACCGCAUACGGGGACAACAUCCCAGCCUGGGCGCGAGGUCCCCUCCCCCUGCGUUUGAAAGAUGGAUUCGUGUCUAACUCGAGUGUUCAGAACUUGUCUAAGAGAGGUGAUUCCGGCAAUCAGAACAAAACCGCUGAGCCGCGACACUACUUUUACAAUCCCGUUCAAGACCCUAUGCGAAUCACCAAUCUCGAUCUGGAACCACUUGCUCCCCUGAAGGAGGCUUUGAAGGACCACGCCAUCCCCAUCAACCACAUCGUCUUCGUGUUCCUGGAAAGCGGCAGGAAGGAUCUGUUCCCUCUCACGAACACUUCCCGCUUGUACGACCAAAUCCGUGAGUCGUACGAGAUCUAUGGAGAGGAGGACGAGGCCGAUCUACACGACAAACUGUCCCAGGUGACCCCCGUAGCAGAAAGGCUCACAGGGGAACCAUCUGGUUUCGGGUCGCCCGCGAACGCAACGAAUUCCGAACUGGGGGGAUUCAGUUACAACGGGAUUUUGUCGGGGAGCACUCUCUCUGCCAAAUCGCGUCUCGUCAAUUACUGCGGUCUUGGGCCACUUCCGGUGGACUUCAUGCAUGAGAAUAAGAUCAUUCCUUACCAGCCGUGUUUGAUGCACAUUUUGGAUCUGUUCAAUCAGCGCAAGGGUCUUGCUGCUUCUAAGAAUUCCACCGUCAAUUCCUUCGUCAGAUCAGCUGCCAAUAUCACCAUCAAUUCUAUCACUAACGCUACGAUCACCAAUUCCACUAUCACCAACUCUACCAUCAACUCUGUCACCAAUUCUACCAUCAGUUCUAUUACCAAUUCCACCAUCAACUCUACCACCCCUGCUAUCAUCACUCCCCCUCACGAUUUCCUUGAGCGGGAAUGGCAAACCAUCUAUGCGCAGUCUGUCACUGGAGAAUUCCAGGAACAGACUCGUCUUAUGGAGAUGCUUGGAUUCAACCAGUCGUUGUACUCGGAGGAUAUUGAUGUGGAGGACGCUAAGUACUUCCACGAGGGAAUGGAAAAGAUCAACUACUUCGGUUAUCCGGAAACUGAGGCUCGCCCCUACAUCAAAGAUAUGAUCGACGAAACCCUUCGUCAGGGCAAGAGACUGUUCCUCUCCCACUUCACUAGUACCACUCACCACCCCUGGGGCACCCCCGAGGGCUGGAACCGAGAAGGAUAUUUCGGCAAUUCACAACAUGAGCACAUGGACGGUUUCCUCAAUGCAAACCGCUUCGUCGACUCAUGGCUAGGCGACUUGAUGGAUAUGCUUGGAGAGGCCGGCAUUGCCAACGAGACCUUGACAAUCUUCGUUGGAGACCACGGCCAAGCCUUCGAAGAAGACAGCUCCGUUACAGGAACCUAUCACAACCCACACAUCAGCAAUUUCCGCGUCCCUCUCCUAUUCCACCACCCCCUCCUACCCCGCAUGCACCUCAACGUCAACGGAAGCGCCGUGUCCAUCCUCCCCACAGUCCUCGAUCUCCUCGUCAACACCAACUCUCUCAACGCCAUGGACACCGAAAUCGCCCUGGACCUGAUGAACGAAUACGAAGGCCAGUCCCUCAUCCGACCGUACCGCACCUCUCAAAACGGCCGCGAAGCCUGGAAUAUGGGCAUCAUCAACGCCGGCGGCUCGAUGUUGAGCGUCGGAUCCGCAGCCGUUCCCUGGCGUCUCAACCUCCCCCUGAACAACGACUUCGAGUACCGCUUCACAGACUUAGAGAAGGACCCCUAUGAGCUUGCCGCCAUCACGGGCUGGACUAUGGGGUCGCUUGCUGCCGAGGUGCAUUCCAAGCACGGACCGGAGGCGUUCGAGUGGGCUCAGAAGGCGGAGAAGGUUGGGCUUUGGUGGGUUGCGGAGAGGAAGAAGCUUUGGAAUUAUCAGGAUCCUGAGGAGUGA